AUGCCAUGCCAUGCCGCCCGACCCGCUGCUGGCUUGCAGGCCGCCCUGGACGCUGCUGCUGCUCCUGAGCCUCCUCCCCGGGCCCUGCCUGCAGCAGGAGGUGAGACCGGCCUCCCCGCCACCCCGCGCCUGCGAUUGCUCCCCGCGCAGUGCUCCCCGGCAGGCCCUGCACUGAGUCGCCCCGUGUCGCAGGUGCCGCCCGGCCCGGGACCGCUGCCGGCCCCCGACGAGGCCCCCGCGGGCGUGUGGGGCCCCUGGGCGGGCUGGGCCCCGUGCUCCCGGGCCUGCGGGGUCGGGGUGCAGCGCCGCGCCCGCGCCUGCCGCCUCCCCGCGCCCGCCCUGCCGCCCCGGCCCCCGAGGCACCCCGGCGCGCCGCAGCCCGCGCCCCAGGCCGGCCGGAGCCCCCGCCCCGACGACGGGCCGCUGCGGAGCACUGCGGGAGGAGCGCCGAGGCCCGGCAGCGGGAGCGAGCCGGCGGCCCGCAGGAGCCCAGGGCCCCGCAGAUCCCGACCUCGAGACCCCAUCAAGCCCGGGAUGUUCGGCUACGGGAGAGUGCCCUUCGCUUUGCCACUGCAUCGGAACCGCAGGCACCCCAAGAAGCCUGGACCCAGCCCCGGGCUCCUCCACCCCUCAGGGAGCCCAUCUGUGACUCUGGGAGCCGAGCCACCGCCUGCCAACCGAACCCCUUCUUCUGGCCAGCCGCCUCCUACAGAAGAAUCUGCUCACACCUCGUCUCCUCCAGAAGCGUCCCCGAGCCCCAGAGCUGCUCAGGCUGAAGUGCCCUCCAGAACCUGGCCUGCCCCCCAAGUCCAGGCCUCUGGCACGCAGCCCCACUGGCACGCUACAUCCUCCCUAGGACCAAAUAGUUCCCUUCAGGUUUUCCCUCAGCCAGUGAGGCCGAGUGUUCAUCAGCCUUGGGCCCGUUCCGGGGGGACAGACAGACAGCCCGAUCGUUUUCUUUCUGCUCCCCGGAACCAAGGCCAACGUAGCCCAGAGCCCCAGAGGUCUAGGGGUCACCGCCAAAGGUCCCCCAUGCGAUCCCUCCCACACCCGGGGGCCUGGCUGCCUCUGCUGAGUGACAACCCACACACCAGCUCGAGUUGGAGCCUCUUUGCUCCCAGCACCCCUCUUCCGAAAUGUUCUGGGGAGCCUGAGCAGCUGAGAGCUUGCUUCCAAGAGCCCUGCCCCCCUGAUCAGCCGGACCCCCGGGCCCUGCAGUGCGCAGCCUUUGACUCCCAGGAGUUCAUGGGCCAGUUUUACCAGUGGGAGCCCUUUACCGAAGUUCAGAGUUCUCAACGCUGCGAGCUCAACUGCCGGCCUCGGGGCUUCCGCUUCUACGUCCGUCACACGGAAAAGGUCCAGGAUGGAACCCUGUGUCAGCCGGGGUCCCUCGACAUCUGUGUGGCAGGACACUGUCUGAGUCCCGGCUGUGAUGGGAUCCUGGGCUCAGGCCGGCAUCCGGAUGGCUGUGGUGUCUGUGGGGGUGACGAUUCUACCUGCCGACUUGUCUCGGGGAAUCUGACUGACCGGGGGCGCCCCCUUGGCUACCAGAAGAUCCUGUUCAUACCUGCUGGAGCUUCUCAGCUCCAAAUUGCUCAGCACAGGCCCAGUUCCAAUUACCUUGCACUCCGAGGCCCCGGGGGCCGCUCCAUCAUCAACGGGAACUGGGCUGUGAACCCCCCCGGAUCCUACACGGCGGGAGGCACCACCUUCCAGUACCAACGUCCCCCUCGAGAGGAGGGUACUGGUGAGAGCCUGUCCGCUGAGGGACCUCUCACCCAGCCCGUGGAUGUCUAUAUGAUCUUCCAGGAAGAAAACCUGGGAGUUUCUUACCAAUAUGUCAUCUCAUCACCCCCAACCCCUGAGAGCCCCACUCCCAAGCCCUAUGUCCCCCGACCCCAACCUGAGAUCUUGAGGGUAAAGCCCCCAGCUGUGGCAGGCCCCCGGCCCGCCCGCACCCCGGAUACUUUGCACCGCCAGGUGCGCAUCCCCCAGGUACCAGCACCCCCACACCCCAGGAACUCUGGGGGGGCUCCUGCUGGCUACUGGAAGCUGGUGGGGCACUCUGAGUGCUCGGCAUCCUGUGGGAAAGGUGUCUGGCGCCCCAUCUUCCUCUGUGUGUCUCGGGAGUCGGGAGAAGAGCUGCACGAACACAGCUGUACUGUGGCCACUAGGCCCCCGGUGUCCCUGGAGCCCUGCCACGGCCCCCCGUGCCCCCCAUACUGGGAAGCUGGCGAGUGGACAUCGUGCAGCCGCUCCUGUGGGCCUGGCACUCAGCACCGCCAGCUGCUCUGCCGCCAGGAAUUCGGGACUGGGGGGUCCUCCGUGCCCCCCGAGCGCUGCGGCCACCUGCCCCGGCCCAACGUCACCCAGGCCUGCCAGCUGCGCCUCUGCGGCCACUGGGAAAUCAGAUCUCCCUGGAGUAAGUGCUCAGUGCGCUGUGGACGUGGCCAGCGGAACCGGCAAGUGCGCUGUGUGGGGGACAAUGGAGAUGAAGUGAGCGAACAGGAGUGUGCUUCGGGCCCCCCGCGGCCCCCCAACAGAGAGCCCUGCGACAUGGGGCCCUGUACCACAGCCUGGUUCCACAGUGAAUGGAGCACCAAGUGCUCCGCGGAAUGUGGAACUGGGAUCCAGCGGCGCUCUGUGGUCUGCCUGGGGAGCGGGGAAGCCGAGGGGACCGGCCCUGCAGAGGCCGGAGCAGGAGGCGCCGUGCACAGCUGCACCCUUGGGAGCCGCCCCACGGACAUGCGGGCCUGCAGCUUGGGGCCCUGUGAGCUGACCUGGCGCUGGUUCACGGGGCCCUGGGCAGAGUGCUCCUCGGAUUGCGGCUCCGGCACACAACGCAGAGAUCUCGUCUGUGUGUCCAAACGGGGGACCGAGUUCAACAUCACGACCCCCAGCAGCUGCUCCCAUCUGCCCAAGCCCUCUGCCGUGCGGCCGUGCCAGGGCCAGGACUGCCGGGAUCGUUGGUUCGUCACCCCCUGGGGUCCGUGUUCUCGCUCCUGCCAGGGAGGCACCCAAGCCAGGGAGGUGCAGUGCCUGAUGAUGUCCAACCAGACCCUCAGUGGCCGCUGUCCUCCGCACCUGCGCCCCCCCAAGAAGCGACAGUGCAACCUCCACCCCUGCGGCCAGCGCCCCGAUGACCAGUGCCAGGACAACUCUCCGCAAUGCCCCCUGGUGGUGCAGGCCCGGCUCUGCGUCUACCCGUACUACACGGCUACCUGCUGUCGCUCCUGCGCCCAAGUCCUCGAGAGGCCACCGGUAGAGCCCGCCUGAGGGGCCCAGAGGUCCCCUCUCAUGCUUUCCUCACGAUGCCACCAGUCACCGCUCCAUCGGCCACUCUGCACCCUCUGGCUCUCCUGGGGAUAUGCCCUAGGAGUGGCUGAGAGUGGCGAGUGACAGAGCCGUCCCGUGUGUGCGUGCCUUUGCAAUGUGCCCCCUGAAACCUGUACCUGGGCGUCCGGGCUGGCCUGGGUGUGCGUGAGCUCUCUGGGUGACUUCUCAGAUGCCAGAUGAAGACGGAAUGGGGAGGCAACUUCCCUUUCCCUGCGCUUCUGCCAGGCAGAGAGAAAAGCAGGUUUGCGGCCCCUCAACCAGUCUCAGCUCGGAGCUGUCGCUUCUCAGGUUGAGGCCUGGUGUUUCCUGAACUGCCAGCCCGUCCCUUCCCCUCACGGUCAGCAGCGUUUGGAGUUCAGUGCUGCCUUAGCCCACACAGAGAGAUGACUGCCCAGGAUCAGGGCCCAGAUGAACCAGGGACAGAACAGAGAAACCUUCCAAUGGCACACCCCUGUUAAAAUGGUUCCUAUCCCCCCAAAUUUAUUUAUUUUUUAUUAAAGAUGACUAUGAUGGACAAAA